AUGAUGGAUAUCGAUCCGCGAUUACGGCCAGCUACCGAGGAUGGUCGCAACAACAACAACAACAACAACAACACAGAUUCCUCAAAGGGACAGGCGGUAGGAACGCACACGUUUAGAAAUGCGAACCCAUCCAUCUCGUCGCGGCAGCAGGGACGGACGAUGUCGUCAUCGUCGGGGAUGGUUGAUUAUCCUGAUCCUCCGUUCCAUGUGGCAUCAUCAUCAUCAUCAUCGAACCAACCGCGCCAUGGUCGGACAGCGGAUGCAUCGUCUAGGGGUCGAGGGUAUUACGCGACAAAUGCGCAGACAUAUACGCGGGACGCGACCAUGGGUGGGACGCAGAGCGUCUUUUCGACCGAUCCCAAUAAUCCAUUUGCGGAGAUGAAACGGCCGCGCGCAUGUGAAGCAUGUAGGCAAUUGAAGGUUCGGUGUGAGCAGGAUCAGGACCAGGAUCCUGAUAAUCCAACGUGUAAGCGGUGCGCCAAGGCAGGGAGGGUGUGCGUCGUGACCAUGCCUACUCGGAAGCGACAGAAGAAGACGGACAGUCGGGUUGCGGAAUUGGAGCGCAAGAUUGAUGCCUUAACAGCAAAUCUGCAGGCAUCGCGUGUUCCCCCUGCUGAAGUCUCACCUUCGUCUACAGUCGAACACCCUGGAAGACGAUGGUUGGGGAACCAAGCUCAGCGUGCUCCCAGCAUCUCCAACAACGCUGGAUCGCCUGCGAGCUUGGCAGGGAACAAACGAGGUUAUGGAGGAGAGGUUAAGGACUCUGCGUCCGAGUACUUGCCACCUAUGUAUCACCAUCCUAGCUCCCUAUCUCUAAGACGAGUCCACAGCAACCCGUCUCCGCCGCAGCUGGCCAAGCCUUCUUAUCUUGCGGGUGUUGACAUGAAGGCAGAGCCCAGUUACCAGUUUGCUGAUGUUAUAGAUCGAGGCGUCGUGGAUGCGGAGACGGCUGAUAAGGCGUUCAAUCGCUAUGUGAAUGACAUGGCCCCUCAUCUGCCAGCGGUGGUCUUUCCGCCUGGGACGAUGGUGGGAGACAUCCGCAGAGCUAAGCCGACUCUAUUCCAUGCAAUCAUAGCUGUCUCAAUUGGCCCCAUCAAACCUUCCGUGCAGCAUGACCUCAUGCAUGAGCUCUACAAAUUGCUGGCGGAGCGUGUAUUCGUCAAGGCUGAGAAGGCAUUGGAGCUUGUCCAGGCGCUGCUUAUAACAUACAUUUGGUAUGACCCGCCGGACCGUUUCGAGCAGCUCAAAUUUUAUCAGCUGAGUCACAUGGCUGUCAUCCUUGCCAUGGAUCUCGGGAUGUGUCGACGGACAGGGAAGACCAGGAAGCAAUUCAGCAUCAGUAAGGAUAUCAUGGGGAGAAAGCCGUUUCUAAUCGACCCCGACGCUGCAGAGACACGAAGAACCUGGCUGUCUUGUUACUUCACGUCUGUGAUGUCAUCUGUGGCUUUGCGUCGCGUUCUUCUUGUGCGGUGGCAGCCAUACAUGGAUGAAUGCAUAGAGAUUCUAGAGAGCUCCCAGGAUGCACUGCCGUCGGAUAGAAUGCUAAUCCACUGUGUCAAACUCUGUCAUUUAAUGGAGGACGUUGGUUCUCAGUUUCUCGCAGACUAUCCAUGCUCUUCAGUAUCGUUGUCCGACCCGAAGAUUCAAUAUGCACUUCGAUUCUUUGAGAAGCGGUUGGAUGAAUGGAAGAAAGAACUACCACCGCAGUUGUAUUCUCCUUUAUUGGCCCAGUUCGAAAACAUACUGAGCAUCCACAUCCAUGAAGUUGCUAUGCACAUUGAGUCUGAGGGCGACAGUAGCAAUGCCAACGACGAAGAUAUCCAAAACUGUCCAACCAGCGCAAUCCACAUUAACGCUUUGACAAACAGUCUAACAGCAAUACACGCAGCUCUCGAGAUCACUAUAUCCCUUGACAUGAGAAGUAUGCUUUCCUUGCCGACCGUUAGCUUGGCCCGAACAUCCUAUGCAGCAGUUUCGUUGAUCAAGCUGUACUCUUAUGUCUCAUCUCGUGAGAGCAUUGGGCAGGUGCUUGACCCAGCGAGCCUGAAGGUAGAAUAUUAUCUCGAUAGGAUCAUCGAGCAUUACAAGGCGGCUGGUGAACUAGAGGGUGGGCGAACGCCGGCUAGGUUCUCGAUUGUGCUGUCCAUGCUGCGCAAUUGGUUUAUGAAGCGGAAGGAACAGGGAACUGUGGUUAAGGAGAACAUGCCGUGCAUGGCGAGAGCGAAUGGGAAGGAUGUGGAUGCUGCGUAUGACGAGGGCGGUAAGGUGACGACGAACCAGACACCACUGCAUCUUCUCAGUGAGGUAGCCAUGGGUGAACCCAAUAAUCGGACAGACGGACAGGGCCAGACUCAAUUAGCUAACCCUCCGCCGAACUUCUGCCUACCCGCAACGGGCGUGUCUGAUGCUCCAUCGGCACCAUCCGAUCACCUUCUGCAACGAGUAUCCGCCUCAACCUCUGCACCAACAGCAGCUUCGGAAUCGGAUGGAUAUAUCCACUUCUCUUCCCCUCUUACUGCUAGCCACUCCAUUACCGGUUCACGCUCGUUCUACCCUCAUUUUAACCCUCAACAGCAGCAGCAGCAACAACAACAAGAACAAGAAGAACAGGUUCAAGAACUAUCAGGAUACGCAAAUGGCGUAACAAGUGCCCCUGGAAACUUGCUAAUGGCAUCCAUCCCCCCUCCACCAAUGCAGACUACGGGGUUCAUCUCCGACCCUGAUGCGCCAGGAUUGAUUGAUCCUGAGAACCUGUAUGCAUUGGGCAGCAUUGUGGACGAGAGAAUUUUUGGAUAUGGGCUAUUCCCUUUUGAUGGCGAUGGAAAUGGAAAUGCGACUGGAACGGCAAAUGACAAUUGGUUUCUAGGGCUGUUAUAA